AUGAAUCAGAGAGCUUGGCUUACUCAGACGUGGCGUUGGAUAACGACCCCGAAAGGGUUCUUCAUCACCAUCUACGGACUGAACAUAGUCGCCUGGGGCGGGAUGCUAUUCCUGCUGAUCUGCAAUGCCGCCCCAGCCAUGUGCCACCCGUCCUGCAACGAUCGAUACUCCUCCCGCCGGAUCUGGAUCGAGAUCACCUCCCAGAUCCUGAACGGGCUAUUUUGCGUGACGGGAUUCGGACUUGCGCCGUGGCGGUUCCGGGACCUGUACUGGUGGUGCUGCUGGCGGAUGUCGGGGAGGGACCGGGAGAAGAGCCUCGCUGGCAUCGCGCGCUUGGCAAGUAUUCAUCAAGCGUGGUAUCGCUUACCGAUCGUUGUGUCAUGUUUUGGCUGUGAUGGGGAUUGUGGUUGCGAGCAAAUCAAAUCCGCUACUACAGAGGCUCUUGACAUCUCGAUAAAUGGGGCCCGUGCACCGGCGACGGCGACGUGGAAGAUGGAUUUUGUGGUCUGGUGCAACAUAUGGAAUACUAUACUCCAGGGAUGUCUGGCAGGCUGCAUGUGGGGGAUGAACAGAUUCAACCGGCCCAGUUGGACGACGGGCUUAUUCGUUGCCUUGGCCUGUGUGGUGGCUGGUGCGGCAGGGUGUAUAGUCUUUCGCGAGACCAGGAGGGUUGCGGGAUCAAUGGAGGCGAAAACAACCGAUAGUGCUGUUGCAGAGAAGGGGGAGAACUGCGUUUGA